AAUAUCAACUUUCUUUUCCCUCACUGUACUCUCCAGUCAGCCAUUUCCUUCAUUUACCGCCUCCAUGUGUCUCCUUCUCACACCCCUCAUACCCACGUAAGGUGAAAAAAAUAAUGAUAAAACAAUUAAAUAACAUCAUGAUGUGACUACAAGCAAACUUCGGCAGCGUCUAUUUGCAGAAUACAGAACAGGUGCCAAAAUCACUUGCUAGAUGUGAGUGCCUUCGUGUGUGCGUGCGCGCGUGCGUAAGUAGUUCCUGCUUGGUUUACAGUUAAGUUGAGGUGAAGCCACACUGCAGUCGAGACCGAACACAGGAGUGGCAAACAUCUAGCAAAAUACCUACUGUUCUUUGGUGCUAAAAUGUUCUCCAGGAAAUGACACAAUGGUGACGUUCGUGUACACCGUUGAAAAUUUCUGAUUGUUAUUUAUUUAUGUUUUGGGGGGUUGGGAAGGCGGAGAAAUCUAUUUCUCUUCAAUGGCACCUAACCAUCAUGACUUUCUUGGUGUGCUAUGUGAAAUGGACGAGGAAAUCUUAACGUAUACAAGUGUAACCUCUGGACUCCCCUUCGCUCUUCUGACCAGGCGUGCACAGGUCGUCUUUAUAGAGCCUUGUUGUGUGGUAAAAAAAAAGAAAAAGAAAAAAAUGCUUUUGUUCUCACGUGCUAGGAAGGUCGAUACACGAAGAAAAUAAACCAGAAUCAAGGUCUGAUGAAGAUCUCAUCCUCCAAGGCCAAAAUUCACCAGGCACGAAAAGGAGAUUGUAAAGUGGAUUGUUUUAUUUCUGGUCAUGAUCUAAUUUUUUUUUUUUUUGUCCUUUCUUUUCUUUUUUCAAGACACUUGGGCUAAUUUCCAAAGUCAAAGGAAAGAAAGAAAAAACAUUGAGAUUGGACAUUACACCGCGGUUUAUGGACAUUAUGUAAAGUAUGCGGAAAAUAAGUGAUUUGUGAUAUGGAAUAUGAUAUACAAUCCCAGUUUUGAUCUUUUUACUCAACUGUCGAUAUUUUGAGGGAGGGAGGGUCGGGAAUGUGUGUUUUUGUUAUCGCGUUUUUUUUGUUGUUUUUUUCACUUUCAAAGUCGCUGUUAUAAUGUUUGCACUUUGAACUUAAUUUCACGCCCUUUCUUCCUCAACCUAGCACGAUGAAUCUCGUUCUACCAAGCUCAUUCAACAGACACUAAGCCAAAGGAAAGCCAGGUCAUAGCCCAACACCCGAGGAUGCUACCGAGGCUGAUAGAAUAGUUGAUUUUGAAGAAUCUCGCCCUUAAUGGAUCUUUACAGCUUCGACAGUGACAGUGAUGAUUUUGGGGCGCCGCCAGUGAUCAACAGUCAUGCGGAAAUGGAGCAGCAUGUCAACUACUACGUCCGCAAACCAGGCCACUACAGACUCACCCUCGCUGACUACAUCAAACGGAAACGGAAGGAGAAAAGGAUCCUGCACCGCUUUAACCUCGCUAAGGAUGAGAUCAAGGCCGAGGAUCCUGACUUAUACCAACAACUCCAGGAGCUGAAGGAGGCGCACGAGAGUCAGGAGGCAUUGGCGUGCAGAAUCAAGUACCAUCCGAACGUCCUCAAGGCGCUGUACCCGGAUGCCACGGAUGAUGAAGAUGUAGAAGAGUUGGAGCUUCCACAAGACCCGCCGAAGCGUCGGUUCAACUUCAAGCCGCGCCUGAACAUGGUGUGGCAACAGCGUCUGGAAGCCUCGAGGAAGGAGAAAGAGCGAAGGGCGGAGGAAGCGAGGAAAGCGCAAGAAGAAAGGAGGAAGAAGAAAGGGAAGAAGAGGAGAGAGAAGAAAGAACGGCAGACGACCCCCGCAUUUUACCCAAAACCGAAGCUUCACGAGACACUGAGAGAUAGAGCUUUUGAAGCCAUUCUUACAAGACUGUUCAGAAGACAGUGGGUGGCCACCGUGGUGUCCCCCGUCCUAGGCGACACCCACUCUGCCGACGAUUCUCACCUGCCGACGCCCGCCCGCCUGCAGGAGGACACGCCGACGCCCCCAGCGAAGAGGAGAACCUCCUACCCUGCUUCGUACCCAGAACUCGAAGCCCGCAACGCCCUUCAGAGGUCGACGAAGGGCGUCGUCACCACCGCGGACGACCACCCCUACGACGACGAUCUCUGCGCGUAGGAGCAAGGUCGUGGGAAAUCACGUUCAGACGACGGCCGACCAGGCCUCCGGCAGCAGCUCCCUCGCCUCCCGCCAGACCCACACCACCGUGACAUCGACCCUGAGUCAUGCACGCCCGCGACGCCCGCCCAUUCGAGGCACUAGGACGUCGGAACUGCGCCGC